AAGGAAGGAAGGAAGGAAGGAAGGAAGGACUAGUGCUGAGUCCCGUGCUCACCACACCCAUACAAAUUCUCAGCUCCUCGCAUGUUUCGUUGAGUACAAACAACAUCGAGUAGUCAUAGUUUGGAAAGGUGGUCGCUAUUGUUUUGGGCCUCCUCGCUUCGUCUUCGAUCAGGUCAUUCUGGCGUGCAAAAGCUGGUUACGGCGCUCUCACCGACUUGGUAGUUUGGUAGCGCGCUCGUGGAUUGUGCUCAGGGAAGAUUGCAUACAGACCAUCGCGUUGUGUGGCGGCUACCCCAGGUUGUGGUUCGUGGGUUUCCAUUUUUGGGCUGUCAUUAAGGCUCCGCAGCAGGCAUCUCGCGCUUGCCCUGUUAACUAGCCGUAGAGUGAGGGGUAAGAGAGCUGGCCUUUAGCCACCAGGGGUUAAAUUGUGAUGGGUCUGCACUCGUUGGACGAGAUCACUGGAAGCGGUGGACACUGCCGCGGGAUAGGUCUAACUUGGUGUGUUGGAGUUUUGUCAUUUGAAGCCUGAUCGACUGGAAAAGGCAGGUCUUUCACGUGCGGGUGGGUGGCAUGUUGGUGGUCUCCGGAAAGGCGAAGUGGGUGGCACAUUUUCAUGUCUCACGGGUGCUGAAGAGAAACUCUCGCGUUUGAGAUACGAAUUUUGAACUGCCUCUCGAUCAUCAUUUACGAGCUGCUUCUUCUCCGGAAAUGUUCGCUCCAAUUUUCUCGCUUUUCGCACCUAUGGGCGGGGUUGCUUCAAGAAACCGAACUUCUUGAGAAUAACAUUGCCAAGCGCGUGUUCAAGCGGAGGAUGCAGUUUGGUCUGCACACCUGCGUCGUGUUUUCUGUAGUUUUGUUUUUUAUUUUUUUUAUUUUUUUAUUUUUUCCUCCCAAGGAUUCGAUAUUUAUCGUAGGGCGGGUGGUACUAUUUCCAGCAAGGACUUUUAGUGUUGUGGUUGUCAGGAUACACAGCUUGGGCCAUCUCUUUGUUGCUGUUUCUUUUGUUGGAUGAGGAAAUCUCCAUCUCCUGGUUUGUCAGCAAUAGUUCUAUAUUGGCGGUGGUCGCAUGCACACCACCAGUGCUUGCAGUUUGCUUCUCUUUGCAAACAUAAUGGUAGAGUUUUGCCGAAGGUCGUGGACUCGUAACGCGGUAAGAAUUUAGUGCUUGUUGACGAGUAAUUGCUCCCACUGUACUGCUGGAAUUUGGAAAUCCAGAAGCAUUGACGACAUCGAUUACUCCCAGCGACUGUUACACAUGUGAACUUUUUGAUUACAGAGAGGCUUCACGUAAAUUCUCCUCGGCAACGUUGAGUUUUCAGGUGCUGAUUCGACAACAAGAUUAGUUGGAACAGAGGGUUUUAGUGAACAGCCAUGACUUAUCUUGUGAUUAGCAUGUGAGAGCAACCUCACAUGCAGGUUCAGGAAUGGUUAGUUUGGUUGCUUUUUAGUAACGUGUCUGACUUCGGUGGGCUUUCCAUCUUCGUCGCUUUCUAUAUCAACGUCUUAUUCAAAUGGGGAGGAGUUUCGUUCACAGUAGAAAGGUGACGAGUAGCUUGAAAGGGGAGUCGGUACUGGUGCCCUCCGAAAAGAGGAUUCCCAAGUCAAAUAAAGUCUUCUCCGUCCUUCGUGCCUUCUUUCACCUCUUGCCACACCCUCUCUUCUCUUGCGGAGGAUCCGACACCGGUCCCGACAGCCAUCCGCAGUCUAGUAACUGCGUCAUAGGCACUUUGUAUGGCCAGAGGAAGGGUCACGUCUUCCUGGCGAUUCAAGAUGACCCGAAAUGCUUCCCCCUCUUCAUUUUGGAAUUGGCCACCCCCACGAGCUCUCUGGUGAAGGAAAUGGCGUCAGGACUGGUACGCAUCGCACUGGAGUGCGAGAAAUCUCCCAGUGAGUCGAAAGUGCUCCUCCAGGAAUCGACAUGGUCAAUGUUCUGCAACGGCCGCAAAACUGGAUACGCAACACGGAGAGAUUGUUCCGAGAUCGACCGCCACAUCCUGGCUCUCGUGCAGGCCGUCUCUAUGGGGGCGGGCGUGCUGCCCAUGGCCAACGAAGGUUUCGAGGGUGAGCUCAUGUACAUGAGGGCGCGCUUCGAGCGCGUCAUUGCCUCUGCAGACUCCGAAUCCUUCUACAUGAUGAAUCCCGACGGAAGUGAGGGACCGGAUCUCAGUAUCUUCUUAAUGCGCGCAUAGAUUUAUCUCCGUCUGUACCAUAGAAACUGCUGGAACUAAUGCCCUUUUCCCGGGUUUUCCACUUCCUUAGCCACGACGACCUUGGAGCAAUCGGGGAUGUAACAGACCUCCUUUCAGUUUUGAAUCAUCUCUGAGUACCCUACCACCCUUGGAUUGCUUUGAGCAGCUUCAGCUGCAGGUUUCUUGACAAUUAAUGCUCCGUUUUUGCCAAAUUUUUCUUUGGUGUUCAUGUGCUACUGUGAACUAGAGGCGGAGGUUUGUCCACAAAUUCUUGAUGCAUAGAAAGGUUAGUUUUUUUUUCUUUGACAGUUUUUCUCCUAACAGAGGGAGCUGCGGGGCUGCCGAUUGCUGACAUUUUGGCCUUACUUGCCUCUUUGCUUGUGCUUUUCCUGCACAUUAUCGUGGGGUUUCUGGUUACGAGAAAAUUCGCUGUUUUUCA